UGAGCGAGAGAGAGAACGAGAAAGAGAGAAUGAGAGAGAGAGAGAGAGAGAGAGAGAGAGAGAGAGAGAGAGAGAGAGCUGGGGGCCUAUUUUCAGACUGGCCAAGGGCAGCUGCUCCGAUGCAGCCGAGAGUUCGAGAUUCGCGUUUUAUAACUUGACGAGACUAAGCGAAUGAGAAGAAUCCGUCCGUGUGAGCGCGUGUAUCUGUGUGAAACAGAGAGAGAAAGAGAGUAAGAGAGCGGCGGUAGGCAUUGGCGGGGCGUGUGAAUUCGUACGCACGAUACAAAAGAGCCAAGAGAGUAGUGUCCGCGAGCAGCGCACGCGUCAGCCACCUACGUGAUCGUCGCCGCCACAGCCGAUGUCGCCACCAAGAGGAUAGUCCUCGAGUGUUCGUCCUCGUAGUAAGUAGGUGUAAAUUUGUUGGUGUUGUUCCGCAUGCCAAACCCAAAUGGUUCUAAUGCACAAGUUCAAAUGGAAGAAGCAUGAUCUGCAACACGUUUACCCCAAUGAAAUAAAGCUGUGCUAUCAAAAAUUUAUCAGUUGAUGCUGAAACUCACUGAUAAAUUUUUCCUGAAAUCUGUGGCACUGAGAGUGCCAAACAGGGGGUAAAUGGAUCCCGUUGGUCCAUGGUACACAUCUUACAACCGCCUUGCUGCUACCCCGGGUGUCACAGCAACAUUCCAAGCCGCAACCCCAACAACUGCAAAUGCGGAGGCAGUACUGCACCUGACUCCGGCCACAGUCAACAUCCAGGCAGUGCCGUCCACAACCACACCACAGCUGCUGAUACAAGCAGCUGGGCCAACCACCGUGACUUUGGCUGGCCAACCGUCUGCUUUUAACACGGGAGGGUUUCUCUCCACGCCAACUGUCAACUAUGAUGUUUUUACUCCUUUCUUUCAUCACUCUAGUCCCAAGCAGACCACCCACUAUAUUGCUCAACCUGCACAAGCUAUUGCUCGAGCACAAGUUGUUACCACUCCAAAACCAAGCUCCCCCACCGAAUCAGAUAUUCCCUCUCUAAGGACUAGUUUCACAUCACCACAGCAAAAUGACGCAUUUUUUGACAACCCCCAGAGUAACAGCUCCACUUCCACCGUCAAUUGGAGUCUGUCACACCCCAGCAACAGCCAAAUCACGAGUCCGUUUGGAAUUCUCCCACACGAGAGCGUUGCGGUCUCAACUUCGGCGAGCGUUACUUCCACGACGAAAGCUAACAGUGCUGUAGCCUACGAGAACCCGUUCGCGACGCAUUAUGCGAGCAACGGAACGACGGGCAGUAUCGCCGACUCCAAGAGUAAAGCCCAAUCUCCUAUUAGCAAUAGCAGUAGUACAAUUAAGUGUAUAGUUACGGAAUCGUCGAUCCCCGGUGCUCACACGUUUUUCCAAGGGACAAGUGCUUUCGAUUCGGACGCUCUCGCGAGUGGUUACACGACUGACGAUGCCGCUGUGACGACGCACGCGGUUCAGUCGUCCUUGCAUCACCAGUCGUGCAUUGUUUCGACGCCAAAUGUCGCGCGAUCUUGUGUGCCAACGACCAUUUAUCUGGACGCCACAGCAGCCACCGAUAAGCAGACGGCAGCGCAAGGACCGGACGCAAGCCACGACAGCAGCCAGUCAUCGCCCAUUAGCUUUUCGAUCAUGGACUCGAGAAAUCUGAGCUACGGGACGAACGGCACCGCAGCGGGCAAGCAAGGUGCCAACGGCAGCGUGCAAUUCCACAUACUCGGGCAGCAGCCCGGCCAACAAGCGCCAUCCUCUUGCCGGCUAUACUCGACCGCCAACGCCGACGCGGAGUACCAUCACCCGGCGCGCUCCAAGUCCGCCGCUUCGACGGACAGCGCCUACUCGUCCAACACCUCGCAGAACGGGCCCGACUGCGCAGUCGUCGUGCCUCGUAGGCCGUCGCCUUUGCAGGCGCACUCGCAGGCGAGCCCGCUGGGCCACGUGCCCAGCCCUGCCACCUACCCCAUGUACAACAGUCCCAUGGCAAGCAUGUCUUCGCCGUCGCCGUUGCAGCCGCAGCACGCUGACGGCACCACCAGCACGCCCUAUAAAUCGGCGCCCAGCGUACAGCAGCAAAUGACGCCACCCUCACCACUCGACGUCUCCGUCACCAGAUCGCCCUCCCAGCAGAAUCAAGUGGUUUACUCGUCCGUGAUCACAAGGGCGCUCGGUGCUAACGAGAACAAAACUCUGUUCAACAGCACCGACGCCACGGCGAGGUUCGACCGGUCGCAGGAUUUGACCCAGGCGAAGCAGCAGCAACAGAUGUGCUGGGACAACGACGCGCAAAAGUUUUCCGGCUCCGAUUAUCUGUCCGCGGAUAGCAGCGAUCUGAUGAGCGAGCGGCCCUCCUGCCUGGAAACCAGCACGAUCAACUUGCAGGAUUUGGACAGCUGUCGUGGCGAUCCGAUCACUAUCGUCGGCAAGAGCAUGCCGAGCCUCUCCACGGGCACGGACCCCGACAGCGACGAAUUCGAGGAGCAGCACUGCCAACAGGUGGCGGGUAUCGAUCCCAAGCGUAAGAGUCUCGAGCGAAUACCGCCCCCCGCGCACCACAAUGCUGCCCCGCAACAAUCGCAGCAGCAGCAGCAGCAGCACCAUCACCAUCACCAUCAGCAGAAUGGCUACGUCGAAUUCGAUCGCUGGAACAUGUCGCUACCGCACAACAAGAUUAUUUCCAAUCCACCGGCGACGGCGUCGGUGGUGACGCAGUCUCUGCAGCAGCAACAGCAGACCGCCACGGAUUACAUGGGGGGCAACGCCACGACCGUGCAGCACCAGUCGCUCCUGGUGACACACCAUGCGAACCCCAACGUCUCCUACUUCUCUACUUUCCACAUGGGCCCAUCGAACGUGGCACCGAUGCAGCAGCACGUACCAGCGGGGCAAACUCCCCACCAUGAGAUGCACUCCACCGUAGAUAUGAAUGCUGUAGCUAUGGUGCCCGGUGAGAACUGCCACCAGGAUAGCCUCCUCGCCGAUGACAGACCACAGGUCAUCGUGCCCGACAUCGAGGAGGAGCUGGGUUUUUUGCAGCAGCCGGACAUCCCCCUGCAGAUAAAUAACAAUCAUCCACUCGUCAAUCCAGAGCUCAAGCGAUCGGCUAACAGCGAUCCGAAUAGUGGAUUCAUGACCAGCUACCUCAAGUUUCUGCAGGGCGAAAAGGAUUCUUCACCUCCGCCGAAUAGAGCAGCAAGAAAGUCGUCGUGGAAUCAUAGAAGACCGUUUAUGACUGCCACCGACUCGAACGGUGGCAAUGCUUGGAACAGAGGCAGCAUAUCCUUACCUUCGGACAAACUAGAAGUACCGAGUAUCGAUUACGAGAACGAUCCGCGCUAUUUUCCUCUUCCCAAGGAACGAAAAGCUUUUGACUCCAGCGAUGACGGUUUCUCCAGCGACGAUGAGCUACUGUCGUUCGGUCCCAAGAAAAAGCUAAACGUCAUCAGUCCUCCGCAGAGUCAGCAGUUGCCAAGCAAACCGCUCAUAGCUCCUGGUAUCAAAAAUAUAGGGCCGGACGGACGGCCGAAGAAGGGCAGACCCAUCAAGCCCGGUGGUCCGACCGACAGGAAAAGGAAGGCAGCUGCUGCGGCUGCCGCUGCCGCUGCUGCCAAGGGCAUCGUACUUCCGCCCGCUGACGAGUCAGUUAGGAAAAAAGCCUUGAACCUACCGAAACGUGAGAGUUCAAGAAGAAAAGCCAAAGAGAAGACAAGUGAGAAAUUAAAGGACAAUCUGCAACCGGCAGAUCCUUACGAAGAGGAGGAGCAAGGCGACUCGGAUAACGAUCCGGCGUGGACUCCACAAGCGAAAGCCAACGCGGACGACCAAGAGCCGCGGAAAAAGCGCGGCAGACCCGUUAUCAAGCGCAAGCGGCUGGAUGACUUCAAUGAUUCUAUUACUACGCCCAAGCGUCCGGGAAGAAAGCGAAAGAACCCCAUCGAUGUCAAUGCUCGUGCGAAUGCCCUCAAGAUCAGCUGUAAAAUCGACGAGAAAUUGCUCGCUUCGGUGAGCGACGAAGACAUUGACAUUUCGCCAUUCAAGCAUUCCACAUUUGGAGAUUUCGAUGAUGCGUCUGGAGAAUUUGUCGUGCUGAAAAGUGACUUGAACCAGGAAUACCCUCCUUUGUGGAGAAUCGAUGGCAAAACUUUAUUACAAAAAUACGAACCAUUCCCAUCUAACGGAAGAACUUUAUAUAAAAAUAUAUCGACGUACUCGGGGUGGGCUCCGCAAAAUCGUCACAUUUAUCAACAAGUGCCUGUUAAAUUCUGGCAACAAAAUAAAAUGGAAACAGUCGUGGAGUUCUUGCGAGAUGAACUGAUAACGGAUGAUAGCGACUACAUAAUUAAAUUUAUGAAGGAAACUGAAAAAUAUCAAGAUAACUUUGAAGUGUAUAUACAAACAUUAAUUUCGCAAGCACUAGAUUCUAAUUUUUUAACCGAAAUUUUCCAAGAACAAGACGAUUAUUUCUUAUCUAAUGUCAAAACGGUUGACGAAAUAACGGAAGAAAGGAAACAGCAAUUACUUUCCACGACCAAUUGGCGAUCUAAUGUUGUAACAGCAUUAUCUACGUGGCCGUGCAUAAAUGUACUGAGAGACAAUAUGUCCGAUCAUAAAGGUAAAUCUUGUGAAGGGUGCAAUAAAUUGAAAAUUCACUCAAGGGUUCUACUGUACGGUCAACCGUACAAUAGUACAACACUCGAAGGUUCUCCUCCUGGUCCUGAAGUGCCUCAAGAAAAGGACUUUUUGUUCUGCCGACUAUGUCAAAAGAAGGUUGGAUUGUUUAAUAAAGUAGCUCAUCAAAAGUAUCUCAUGUUUUUGGAGUGUGCAAGGAGGGUCGCUGAUAAAAGAUUAGCCGAUCCUAAUAAGGACACUACUAUUAUUUUAAAUGAGCUAUUGGCGGAUGAAUCGUGGCUCAAUUUGCUAUUCAGAGAAGUCCGAAACAUUUGGGCUGAAAUAGACAGUAUACAACAGCAGGCCAAAAGAAAAGCGGCUGCCGAUGCUGGAGACCCUAGCCCACUCAAGAUACCUGGCGUGUCUAAUGAAUCUCAAUCAAAUUCUUAUCUUAACCAGAUAAAUAGUAAUUUAUCUUAGUAUUUGCAUAAUUACGACGCCAAUUCUUCAAUGCAUUUACUAAAUUCAAAUGAGUCAGCAUUAAGCUUACGCGAAGUGGGCACUAAUAUACAAUACCUAGUAUGAACAAAUCUUUCGUUCGUACAAUAUAUAAAUCAUUUUACCAACAGCAACAGACUUACUUACUGCUGCGACAGGUGUAAUGUACCGCAUUUCAUAAAUGCUAGUGAUCAAAUUUAUUAUUGUGAACUUGAUUAGAUUAGUUAAUAUAUUAAAGAAGGUGCCAAUACAAGGAGGUGAUAAUUGUUCGUGUAUAUUUGUAAAAUUUUUUGUAUUCGCCAUAAAAGGUGAACGUUUACAAACCUAAUUAUUGAUGCCGAUAUUUUUAUUCAAAAUGACACUCAAAACUUCUAAAACAAUCAUCACUUCUUUGGCAUUGUCAUAAAGGUGUAUCUUUAUAUAUUGUUCAAACCGCGGUAUGGAAAUUGACAUUAUUGUAUUUUAAACGGAAUGGUAUUUAUCAUAUCUUAGACACGUUAUGAACGUUUAAAUGAAACGGAUUAAUUAGAAUAUUUUUCAAUACUGAAACUGACUUCAUCGAAUCAUUUUUUGUCUAUGAAAUUCCAAUUAUUAGUGUUCCUUUCUUUUUUUAUUAAAAUGAUUCAUGUUUUUGUUGAUUUAGCCAAGUAUUUUUUACAAAUGAAAUUAUUGUGAUAAAAGUCGGAUGACUUGACUUACGGUCGCCUGAUCUAUUUGAAAAUAUUUGACAACUUUUUUGUUAACAAAUAAUUUGACUAAACUAAAAAGAGAACUCAUACGUAUGUACAAUGAAUUCAAAAAGAGAAUCAGAAAACUGAACAUAUUUUUUUGAAAAGUUUGCUUAUAACAAUCACGUGCUCACUCAUUGUAUCGAUAUUCUAAUUUUAAUAAUUAUUAUUGCUUAAUGACAGACUGGACUUAUACAUCACCUCGGUAAAAUAGCUUCAUGGUAUAAGUCAAUAUAUAUUUUCCAUUUAUACAAAAUAAGGGACAAAUAUUUAAAGUCCAUUAUGCUUCCUUUGAUAAAAUAAUUAUGUUGAAAAUAGAUGAUCGUUCGGUAUGAAAAUGAUAUUUAAAUAUUAUUUUCCUGUAAAUUUAUCUGUAUAUUCUUUGAAUGAUAUUAAUCGAAUAAUCCAUUAUUAUUAUCAUUGCUAUUAUUAUCAUUAUUAUUAUUGCUAUUAUUGUUUUCAGUUUUUCCGUUCAAGUUUUGAAAUGUUUCACAUUCAUUGUAAAUUUGAUUGCAGCGUAUAAAUCUUGAGUGUGAGUGAAUGGCUGAUCGGAUGAAUCUUUUAAAAUUUAUAACGCGCAAACAAAUGUAGUCAUAAUUGUAAAUUAUAUAAAUAUGUAACAAUAACAGCGUACUGAUAUGAUGCAUAUAUGUUUGUACGUACACAUUUUAUUAUAAAAAGUAGAACUCUAUUAUUUCAUUAUCUUAAAUUUUUUGAAAUGCGGGCAUUUAGGACUAGGAUUGUCACGUGUAAAAAGUAAACGUCCGCUAACAGUUAUUAUUCCCUGACUUGCGAAUGCCAAUUUACGGAUAUUGCUACGUAGAGAUUGUGCCAUGUAUUUACGAUCGUGAGCUUCUACAUAUGCGUUUGAAUGAUUAAGCGGAAUAAUUCGGAAACUACAAUUAUCAUUCAGUUUCAUCAUAUCUUUUAUUGCAGAGAAAGCAAGACUUUAGAAGAAAAAAUUUUGUGUGGCAGCUCGACGCACGUCGCGCACUAUGCUAAACGUUAUAGU